AUGGCUACUCAAGAGCAAAAGAUAACCGAAGACACUAACCCAAUCAAUGAAAACGCAACAAUCACUGCAAUAAAGCUGCCGAUGCCAACAUUAAUAAAAAACAACAUUGACCUUUGGUUUAUUCAGUUGGACUACUGGUUCCAAGUCAACAACAUAAAGGGCGAUACUCAAAAGUUUGGCACAGUUAUCGCAGCAUUGGAUGCAUCGCUGUUAGAACAGAUUUAUAACACAAUACAGAAUCCACCAGCAACUCAGAAGUACGAAGCUAUCAAGCAAGCAAUAAUAAAAAACUUUGCGGAUAGUGAACAAAAACGCAUACAAAAAUUAGUUAGUGGUUUACAGCUUGGGGAUAAAAAGCCAUCCCAUCUUUUAAGCGAAUUGCAACGUAUUAGUGGAAGCAAACAAGACGAACAAUUACUGAAAGGGUUAUGGUUACAACGUCUUCCUGUAGAAGUACAGACAUGUCUAGCCACAAUUCAAGUGGAACUACCUAAGAUGGCGGAAUUGGCAGACAACAUAACCGAAACAAUCCGUAUAAACUCAACAAUGCAAGGAACUUACGUCAAUGCAGCUAACGUCCCUGCAGCAGCUCAUAUUUCAACGUGA